CAAGUUAUCAUAAGAACUCAAUUCCUCGUGUAACACUUCCUCCCCCGUGUGUACUGCAUUAAAAGUUGAUGCAAUCAUAAUUAACACACAGCUUAUAUAGUUCACUUGGAAAUAAAAUUCAAAGGCGAAGAUGUCACGAUUUCAGGUGAAUACUUUUGUCACAUGUUUUGUUGCAUUGUGUAUAUGUACACUGAAAGCUGAAGUUGGAGGUGAGGAAACUUGUGGAACUCAAUUAAAGGAGUACAAAGGACAAUCAAGGAUUGCCCCAUCUAUACCAAAGAGUCAUUUGACAUUACUUCUUUUGCUUGGGUUUGGCGGAUUUUCUCUUCUUAUUGCCCGUGGUUACAAGUCACUCCGCAAGUACGUGUUUAAAGACGAUCAACAUCUUGAUACGGUAUUUGAUGCUGGUGGUCGUGUUACCUUUAGUUUGACAGCAGUGACUGUGACGUCACAAAUGUUAUGGCCAGCGGACUUUCUUCAAACUUCAACACUCACAAGCAAGUCUGGUCUAGGUGGAAGCCUGUGGAUGGCUAUUGGAGUUGUUGUUGACAUUUUGUUGUUUCCCACUCUCUCUAUCUACUUGAAGACACGAGCACCAGGAGCUAAAACAUUCCCCCAGAUAGCGUAUGCUCGGUUUGGUAAACCAGCCCAUAUUCUGUUUUGUGGUGUGGGUCUCCUGUCCAAUCUAAUUGUGACAACCAGCAUGAUAUUGGCGGGAAAAUCUACGUUACAGGUGCUCGGUAAAGAUACAAACAACGAGUUUAUUGUGCUUAUUUUAGCGGUUAUGUUUGGUUCGUACUGUUUGAUUGGAGGCCUUGGUACGACGUUCUAUAUCUCAUAUUUUAACACUGCACUGACAUUUAUUACUGUAAGUGUUUUCAUUUUAUAUACGAGCUAUUUUCCGUCAGAAGAUAUUAAGGAUAUUACAUCAGUAGAAGCUCUAUACAAUGCAGCAUCAUGCAUGAAAGCUCCUGAUGACAACUUUAACAACUCGUAUUUGACUUUCCGGUCGGCACCAGGAAUUAUAUAUGGGGUUGUCCUUAUGUUUAUGGCUACAUCGACAGCUUUUUGUGACCAGGCGAACUGGCAAAGCAGAAUAGCGGCUAAACCAUCUCAAGGUGUUUUGGGAUUUUUCCUAGCAGCAUACAUGUGGUUUGUUAUACCGACAGCCCUUUCCUUUACAGCAACAAUGACAUAUUUUUCCCUCAGCGCUGAAAAUGGUACGAAUAUCCUUACAUUGGCGGAAAUUAACAACGGUUACAUAACUCCAUAUGUGAUGAAUGAUCUGCUGGGACAAACAGGUGCUUACUUGUUGUUAACCAUGUUGAUGAUGUCACUAAUGUCGACAGGUUCAGGAGAAGUUAUGGCUGUGUCAUCUAUUAUUGUAUAUGAUAUCUACAAGACAUACAUUAAACCGUUCAGGAAAAAUAUUACGCCAACAAGUUGUAUAUUGUGCGGAAAGGAAAAGUUGAAGGAAAUGUGUGCUGUAGGAAACGAUCUAUGCCAGUGUCCAUCUUCUAUUGGUUGUAAUGCAUGUGAAUUGGAUCUUGAAAACCGAGCGAAAGACGGUAUUGACAAUGUUGUUUAUACUUGUUCCACUCAUGGUAAAUACAGGCAGUAUGAAGAUGGACUUAUUCGAUAUAAGAGCUGGUGUAUGAUAUGGGUUGUAAUAAGUAUAGUACCAUAUGGUUUGCUCGUGUCGGAAACCGGUAUGAACGUAAACUGGGCAACACUAAGCGCCCAGGCUCUAACUAGUCCCUUUCUAUGGCCACUGUUUUUGACAAUUACUUGGUCAAAGGCAACUUCGCAAGGUGUUAUAGCAGGCAGUGUUAUUGGAGCAAUGUGUUCUAUUACCGGUUUGCUAGCGAUGGGAUCAACAUAUGAAGGUGGACUCGGUAAUUUUUACGUUAACACGGCAGAAUCGUAUAGUAUUUUAACGGCUUUAUUAAGCGGUUUCGUUGUAAGCUGUUUUGUUUGUGUCGGUGUCUCUCUCUUUACACAUAAAAUACGCUGUGACGCCGAUGCCGACAGGGAAUGGGCCAAAACUAUCAACAUAGAUAAUCCAUUGAACCCAUUCCGUCAAUUAUACGAGAAAGAGUUAAGAGCGGUGAAUGCAGGAACUAAUAUUACAGCCAGAACUAUGGACACCGUGUUCAAAAAAGCGAAAUUAUAUGCUGCAGUUGGUGGUGUUGUCAGUUUGGUGAUUUUUGUGAUCAUUAUUCCAGCGAUUGCAUUAAGUUUCGAGGUUCUGAAUUUUGACCAGUUCUCAUCAUGGUUAAAAAUGUUUCAGAUUUACUGUUUUAUUUGUACAGUGAUAGUUGUUGUGUUACCGCCAGUAGAAGAAUGCUUACAAAUAUGGCGGAAAUAUAAGAGAAAUGUGGAAAGCGUUGACAAAGAAAUGGGAAACUGUGUUCAAAAUGAAAUGACUCAAACUGUUUCAGAAAGAUUAUUAAAUCCUGGCCCAUCAUCUUAAUAUUUUCGUUUUGCAAACUCAAGUGUUCACAAUGUCGUUUAUGAUAAUUAAACUAAUAAGCUACAAUCACAAGUUUUGUUAAUGGUUAGCUUACCUGUACACAAUGUGCUCAUGGUUUGCUAUUGUUAUGGCCCUGUGUCCGGCGUCGGUCGUCUGUCGUCAACAAUAUCUCCUCCUAAACCCAUGCACCAAUAGUAAUGAAACUACUCAGGAAUGAUCCUUGGAUGAUCCACUCCAAUAAUUGCUAAAACGGUUCCAGUCUGUUUAACAAAAUGGCCGCCGGUGCUUAGAAUAUAAAAUCCUUUAAACAACACCCCUUCUCAGUAGAUUUUGAUGAAACUAUACAGGAAUGAUCCUUAGAUGGGCUUUUAUUUAAGCUACUCAAAUGGUUCCGGUUUGUUGAAUAAGAUGGCUGUCAGUGAUAAAAGUAGAAAAAAGUGUAAAAUGACAUCUUGUCCUGAACCGCGCAAUAGUUUGUUGAUGAAACUCUACAGAAAUCCUCAUUGUGUAGUCCUUUACUGAAAUUCCUAAAAUUGUUCUGGUUUGCCGAACAAGUUGGCCGCUAGAGCUAAACAUAUUUUUAUAAAAAUCCUUUAAACGAGAUAUUCUCCUUAAUUAUUUUAAAAAUGCUUGAUAACACUCUACAGGAAUGAUCCAUGGAUAGUUUUCCAUAAAAAAUGCUAAAAGGGUUACGGGCUGCUAAACAAGAUGGCCGCAGAGCUAUAAAUUGAAAAACCUUUAAACGACAUCUCCUCCAUAACUCUCGGGUAGAUCUUGAUGAAACUGUACACACAGUGUGUGUGUAUGUUGGGUUUAUAAACUCUCGCCGCCGGUAUAAAACCAUAUGGUCGAGCAACAGAAUGAUCCUUAUAUGGGGCUUUAUAUAAAAGUGUUCAAAUGGUUCCGGUUUGUUGAACAAUAUGGCCGCCAAUGUUUAGAAUAGAACAUCCUUUAAACAACAUCUUCUUAAAGAAACUGUACAUAAAUUGUCGUUGAAUUGUCCCCUAUAAAAGGCUCCAAUGGUUCCGGUCUGCUGAUCAAGAUUGUCUUUAGAGUUAAAAAUAAAAAACUUUUUAAAAUUCUAGACACUAUUUAAGUUGUGUUCAGUGUUAAUAUAGUUUGUGUAGAGUCCAUUAUGUAAAGAUGAUAUGAUAGGUAUCUUUUAAUAAAAAUAUUUUUAACACACAAACCCUUGUACACUAAAAUUUUUAAAACUUAUGUUUCCACCAAUGUCUUUAUAAUGCAAUCUUGUUCCUUUGAACCAUCUUUUUAGAUGAGCGAUUAAGGGCCAUCAUGCCCCCUUGUUCUUAUAGCACUCCAUAAGAUAUUUUUGAUAUUUCUCUUUUCUUGAUCAUGUGACAUCUUGAUAAUUAAUUAUUAUAUGCUUAAUGGUGACUUAUAAGCCGAUUGGGCCAGGUUGUGUUUGUGUUGUAUAUAUUAUUCACAUGUAACCAGACUGAAUCAUAUAUUUUAUUUAAACAGAUAUCUAUCUCUUAUGUUAUCUUAUGAUUACAGUGUUAAAAAUAAAGACAAGAAAAUGA